GAAAGCAGCGUUACAUCAAGGUUUCUCGUUCGACACUCCAUAAACGAAGCAUGCCGCUCUAUUUGUAUUGUGUCUAUGUCCUCAUUGGAGCCCGCCCCCGGAGCGGAUUCUUUCUCCGAUUGGAGGAAGCAGCUGUCAAUUCGCUGAGGGGCGCUUCCUCCAGUGUUGUCCGGGAAACCGCAGAACGCGGUCCGAGGGCUGGGUGGUGAGGAGACGUGCGUCGUUGGGGCUCCGGGGCGGAUCGAUGGCGGCGGGGUUGCUGGCCGGCUUGGGGUCGGAGCGAAAGCUUGCUCGCUCGGUGGCUCAUCGGCUAAAGUAUUACAUUGAGGUGCAGAGAAAGGAAAACUCCUUCCAGUCAUCUGGCAUCCCCUGGGAUGUGGCUGAAAGCUUUUAUUUGCACCCUGCUUAUCUGACUGAGCACAGGACACAGGAGCACAAUUUUGCCAAAAUAAAGCUGGAAGCAUUCCUCCGUGCCUAUGUUGGCAGUGCUGAAGAAUGUAAUAGGAAAAUCCAGGGAAGUCUGGCCAAGCAAAAGGAUGUGGAAAAGCUUAUUAAAAAGAUGGCCCGAGAUUAUGUACCUGACAGAAUGAACGAGGUAAAAAUGAAGAGCAUGACAAGGCAAAACAAGCUGCCGUGCAGCCUCUCCAGAUUAUACUUGAAUGCCGUCCCACCCAUGUCACCAGAAGAAGUAAAAAGACUGGUUUCAUCAGCAUCCAAGCUAAUUGUUGCUGUGACUUCUGAAAUCUCCCCAGAAGAACUAAAAACAACUCAAGAACUUAAGAGAAGAGAGACAAAAAGUGUUAAGAGUUUCAGCAAUGGCCGCAAGGAGGUUUUUUCCACCAACCUUUCUCAUGAGAAUGAAGCAAGAAGAGAUGGACCAAGACAAAGUGAAAAAGAGAUAAGGAGAAAAAACAGAGCUUCAAAUGCUUCCAAUACCUCUCCUGCUAAAUCUAAGAGAAUUUUUCCCAUGGCUGCUUGGAAUACGCAGAAGCAGCACUUUGUACCCUCUUUGCAAAGUGCAGAGAAUGUUGGUGUGCAUUCUUACAUGCCGCUUAAAAUCAGAAGGCAGGAGUCCUCUUCCAAAGCUGGUGGAAAUGUUUCAAGCGAGUACUGUCCAUCUAAAAAACCUUUGGCUGCCAGACGAAGCCAAACCCUCAGAUCCAAAGCCUAUGAAGAUGGGUUGCAACGCCCAGUCGUCUUGAAAACCAAAGAGCAGCAAGGAAACUGUGCUCACCCCUCUGCCAGAUCAACUGCUGAGAUUUACAGCAGCCAGCAUUCAAAGGCCGGAAAAAAAAUCAGAAAGCCAUUCAGUUCUGAAAUGAUUUCCAGGUCCUCUAUACUGAAAAGGGCCAGCGAUCCAAAGCACAACCAAAAUGAUCCUAGAGAAAAGCUUCUGAAAUGCACUCAAAGUAACAGGUCUCCGAAAGGUGAAUGGGAAGGGUGUGAUUCCCUAUCCCAAAUCACCUCCAAAUGCCACAAGGUCAACUUUGCAGAUUGGGAACCUCUUGGCUUGCAGAGGGCUAACGUAAGAGGCUCUGAUGAUGAUGCAACUGUGUCUUACACAGAGAAAUCCAGGGGGCUCACAGGAUGCAUUAGAGGAGGACAAAACAGUGAUUGUAUUUCUACAGUCCAACAAGGACCAUCUUUUCUGCAUGAGCUUUGCCAGGAAGUGACUCAAGAAAUACCUGCUGAUCGGACUAGGAAGGAAUUGAUCAUUGUAAAUGGAAAUGCAGAAAACCCACAGAUGCAUUAUCUUUUAAACCAGCCAUCCUCUCUGAGUGAGCCAAGGGACACCAGUGCAGAAGAGGAUCAUGUCAAUAGCCCGAGAAGACAAGAGGGUAUGUUAGAAGAGUCCUGUAAACAAGAGGUGAUCUGUGUCCCACCAAUGGCUCCAGCUGGUUGCAGAUGUUCAGAACUACCAAGUUACUGCGUGUGUGAAAUCAAGGAAGAGCAAGGGAUCGGAUUUCCUGGGAAAACUGCAGCUCUUUCGAAAAGCUUGGACAGUGAACAAUCCAAAGACGAGUUCACCAUCUCGUCUCUCUCAAGCAGUGCCAGAUCAUUAAGCAGUUUAUGUGAACAGAUGGGUGAAAACAUUAUACAGAAGGAAAGUGUUAACUCCAGGAUGGAAAUGUUUCUUCAGAAACUUCUAAAGGCUCCAGAAAAUGGCACCACCCAGCAGGAAGUGUCUCAUCAACAUGAAAAACAGAUGUAAAAACUUCGUUAGAUUUCCCUGGCAAAUGACUGCUUUGCAUUUCAUUUGAUGCUCCAGAAGUUUCUAAGAGUGCAGUGCUGCUUCAUAGUUCAGAAUGAUCUCAACUAUAUUAUUAUUUUGUAAUAAUCAGAAUUGUGCUCAAAGAUGUCACAACUAUUUGAUAGAUGGUUGAUAGACUGGUAGAUGAUUUGUUGAAGAUCUCCAGUAUUCCUUCAAGAUGUUUUCCCUCUAUACCUGUUGGAUUAUAGCUCCCACUUACCAUUAUGCUGGUUGAAGUUGAUGGCAACAUCUCCCCCUCGCCUUUACAGUCCAAGAAAUUAGGGAGGGUCCCUUGAGAGACUUUGCUACACCCCUGUUCCUUCUGCAGAUGAGGGUGUGGGGGGUGAUGAGGAAACAAGCCUGUCUUCUGUGAAGCUGCAAAACUCAAUCUUGAUAAUAAAGCAUGAGACUUUUUUUUUUUGCAGCCUGAGCUAUACUAUCAUCUAAUCAGCUUCCUUCCCCCACCCAUGAAUCCAUAAAAUUACCUUUUUUUAAAACAGGGCCCCUGAUGAGAAGACAAAUACUGAUCAUGGAAAUGAGGGCAUAUUUUCCAGACAAGUAAUUUGUUUUUCUGUCCCCCAAAUCUUUUCAGCUCAGGCCCCCAAACCUAAAACAGAUUUUAAAACUGAGUUGUGUCUAAUUGUGUUAAGAAUGUUGUGGCGGCUACUUUAUUUACUGCUCAGCCUAAUCCAAUUUAACACAGUAUUUUCAGUGUUCAUAGCAGUCAAAUAAUCAAGUUAUCAGUACUGUAAUGUAUUUUUAUGAUGCUUUCCCCCCUAUUUUAGCCAUGACCUGACUAGUGCCAUGAGAUUAUAUCAUAUGCGCUGUUUAUGUAAUUGACAGCUGAUCCUAUGACAUUGCAAUGAUUUUGUUUUGAUGAAGAAGCUGUUUUGAAUAUCUUUUCUUACAAUGGAUCUUCUUCAGUUAGCCUUAUCACCUUUUUAAAACUAUCCAAACACAAAUAAAAACAUGUUGUUUCUAUAAAGCUUUCACAGUAUAUUUAUUAUAUUUACAUCCUUGCUUAGUUUCAUGAAUGUUUUCUAUAAUACAUUGAGGGACCAGUCUUGCACCAAUAAUAAUCAUUUGCUUAACAAGCACAGUUCAUAUAUGCAGAUGUUAGUGCUUAACAUUUCAAAUAACAUGAAGCCAGAUGUCUGUCCCUCUCCCCCAAAUAAGUACAGGUAGUCCUUGUUUAGCAACCACAAUUGGGACCAGCAACUCAGUUGUUAAGCGAAGCGGUCGCUAAG